AGUUCGCACGCCAGUUGGCAUUCUGUCAGCACUAAAGUUGUAAGAAUUAACGUUUUUUAGAUUACGCAAUUUCUUUCUAUAGGUGAUAAUAUAUACUUUGGAACAAACUACUCAACAUUGGAUUACUCUACUAUUUGGAGACAAUCCAGUUAUUAAUAAUGUGUUCUUGGACUGUUCUUCUCUUCUUUAUAACUUUGAAUAUAGUUGUUUGCGAACAUUAUGAUUUAGAAUUCCAGAUCGAAGAAGAAGUUCCUGAGUAUACUUUCGUUGGCAAUAUAAAACAGAAGAUAGGAUUAACCAACUCUGAAAAUGUUGAAUUUAAACUUUAUAAACCUACAAAAAGUAAUCACAACAAAUUUUUUCGAUACGAAGUAGGCACUGGAGUUUUACGAACUAAUAGGCCUAUUGACCGCGAAGAGAUAUGCAAAUUUCUCACUCGAUGUGUUCUAACGGCUUAUUUAACGUCGACGUCAUAUGAACUUUUUUAUACAGUCACAGUUAAAGUUGACGUAAAGGAUAUAAACGAUAAUUAUCCAAAAUUUAGUUCAGACUCCAUAACUAUCAAAAUCAGUGAAGAUGAACAGCAGGGAAAAUCUUUUAAUUUGCCAACGGCAGAGGAUUCUGAUAGUGGAAUGUUAUCGGUAACGGGCUACGAGCUACAACCGACUUCUGAUUUGUUUGAACUCCAAAAUAAUGCUGUUGCUCACGGUACAACAAGAUUAAAGUUAAUUUUACGUGGAAGUUUAGACAGAGAAAAGCAGGAGAAGUAUACCUUCAUUUUGCUUGCCUUUGAUGGAGGCGUCAAUAGAAAAUCUGGCAAACUAAUCUUAAACAUCACCGUUCUGGACGCUAAUGACAAGCCACCAAAAUUCUUGUCAGAUAUUUAUAGAGUUAAAGUAAAUGAGACCCUUAAAGUGGGAGAAACGAUAGUUAAAGUUGAAGCAACAGAUGAAGAUAUUUUGUAUAAUGCAAAGAUAUCUUACUUCUUUACCGAGAAGACAUUCAAAUACUAUGGUAGUCUUUUCGACAUUGGAAGGGAUAGCGGGGAGAUUAUUCUUAAAUCGCAAUUGGACCGGGAGACAAAAGAUUCCUACAAUCUAGUCGUUAUUGCCAAGGACGGCCAAAACGAAGCCUUUACAACAGUGUAUAUCACCGUUGAGGAUGCUAAUGACUCGCCGCCAUUAAUUUUUGUGGCUACACUUUCGUCUUUCUCUUAUGCUAUUGUAGAAGAAAACCUUUCACAAGAUAGUCCCAGUAAUUUCUUUGCUCAUUUUACUGUUGAAGAUGGUGAUAUUGGUUCAAGCGGUCAUGUAAGUUGUUCCAUUAAUGAUACUGAUACUUUCGAAUUGGUAACGAUACCGUCGGAUAGUUUUAAGAUAAAAACUAGAAAACCAGUUAACAGGGAAGAAAAAAGUCGCUAUUUUUUAAAGAUUGUAUGCUUUGAUCAUGGUUUACCGCCCCUUAAUUCCUCCGAAACGCUUGAGGUUAGAGUUCAAGACGUGAAUGAUCAUACUCCGACAUUUCCAAAUUCUAUAUACAAGGGAAGUAUUAAAGAAAAUCUUCUUUCCGGAACACUAAUUAUUAAAGUACAGGCAUGGGAUGCUGAUGCGGGUAACAAUUCCAAACUGACUUAUAGCAUUAGUGGUUACGAAUCUCAAUAUUUUGAGGUUAACUCCAACACCGGUGAAAUAUUUAGCUCAAGACCAUUUGAUAGAGAAUUAAAAGACUUUUAUAGAUUCAAAUUGACAGCAACAGAUAAUGGAAAGCCGAAAAAAUAUUCAACAACUGAAAUAGAUAUAACAGUUGAAGAUCAGAAUGAUGAGGCGGCAUAUUUUGAUAAACAGUCCUAUGUCUUUCAAGUGGAAGAAAGUGACAGAAAAUUGGAGUAUGGAAAGUUCAGAGAAAUUGAUCGAGUUAUUGCAAGAGACGCUGAUCUCAAGCCAUAUGAUUCAUUCCACUAUGAAUUUGCUCUUGAUUUCGGCACUGAUCAUGAAUCGUUCGUAAUUGAUAGGGAUACAGGAAAGAUCAUGUCGAAGAUAGCUUUAGAUCGGGAAGUUCAGGAUGCUUAUUACUUGGUCGUUGUAGCCGUUAAUGAUCACACACCCUUAUUUACUGGGUCAGCAAGCGUCUCUAUCUUUGUCUUAGAUAUGAAUGAUAAUGAUCCAGUAAUAACAUAUCCAGACGAUGUGAAUGAUACACUUCAAGUUUCAAAUCAAUUACCGAUUAAUUACCACGUAGCUAAAAUAGAAGCAAAAGACGACGACGCAAAUGAGAAUUCAAGAUUGUAUUACUUUCUGAGGGAGGAGAAUGAAUACUUUAAAAUAAACCCAACUAGUGGAGAAGUUCGCGUAAAAAAAUCCCUUUCAUUAGUCAAAGACGUUGAGACGUUCAAAUUAUCUCUUAUUGUACAAGAUAGUGGUGACCCACCGAGGAAUGCCACUGGUAAUUUGUACGUUGUCGUUAACAAGAGUAUUCCAUUCACCUUCAGUUCACAAACUGGCGAAGAAAACGUUAACAAGAUGAUCGUUAUAACUUUAGCGGCCGUCUCCUCUUGUCUAAUAGUCUUAUUGCUGCUGGCUAUUUUCUCAAUCCGUAUUCAUGAUAGCCGAAGGAGAGCACGAAGUAGACGAAUUCCAACAAAGAUCGAAUCUCACCAACCUUUAACGGAUAAAUAUGAUGAACUAUUAAGAAUUCCCGUACCGGCCCACCACAGUGCUGUUAACAUGGUAACGUCAGAGAACAGGAGGAAUUCGGCUGUUGAAAAACAACAGGAGAAAAGAAGCACAGACUAUGGCGGCAGACAGGUCUGGAAUCCCGACGUAAGUAAAAUUUUUACUCUCUGUUAA